CAUCCAAUUCUCUGAUACCGUUGUCGUUUGUUCUUUCUUUUUUCAAAGCAUGGGUGAGGCUCCUGAAGUGCUCUACGUUAAUGGGUUCUCAAAGUUUGGCCACGAAACUCAACAAAACAACGGACAUGAUCAGAACCAUGAUUCUUCCUGGUACGAGGAAGUAAUCGAUGAUGAUCUCAAAUGGUCUUUUAAACUUAAUAGUGUGCUUCAUAAAGCGAUUAGCGAGUACCAAGACAUAGCUCUCUUAGAUACAAAGCGUUUUGGAAAGGCGUUGGUACUUGACGGGAAGAUGCAGAGUGCUGAAACGGAUGAAUUCAUUUAUCACGAAUGCUUAAUUCAUCCCCCUCUUUUAUGUCACCCCAACCCCAAAACGGUGUUUAUAAUGGGAGGAGGUGAAGGUUCUGCAGCUAGGGAAGCCCUCAAACACAAAUCACUGGAUAGAGUGGUCAUGUGCGAUAUAGACAAGGAGGUGGUAGAUUUCUGCCGAAAAUACUUGAUUGCAAAUAGGGAGGCAUUUUCUCAUAAGAAGCUCGACCUUGUCAUCAAUGAUGCCAAGGCUGAACUAGAGAAGAGAAAGGAGAAGUUUGAUGUCAUUGUUGGAGAUUUGGCAGACCCACUUGAAGAUGGGCCUUGCUAUCAACUCUACACCAAAUCCUUCUAUGAGAAAACCGUGAAGCCCAAGCUCAAUGAUAAUGGCAUUUUUGUAACCCAGGCUGGACCGGCAGGUAUCUUCACACACAAGGAAGUCUUCACUUCUAUAUAUAACACAAUCAAACAGGUCUUCAAAUAUGUGAUGGUAUACACGACUCAUGUGCCAUCAUUUGCUGAUACAUGGGGAUGGGUUAUGGCUUCAGACCAACCACUAUCGAUUGGUGCUGAGGAAAUUGACAAAAGAAUCGAAGCAAGAAUAGAUGGGGAACUGCUCUAUCUAAAUGGUGCCUGGUUCCAUUCAUCUGCCACCAUGAAUAAGACUGUUUCUCGAUCGCUGCAGAAUGAAACUCAUGUAUACACUGAAGAAAAUGCUAGAUUUAUUCCUGGACAUGGCAUGGCUUAUCGUAUCUAAGGUUUCGAUCAACAACUUUGCGUAGUGCAUACCAAAUUCAUCGCCCCGCAUAUUUCGUUUUAUAUUCACCCUUAAAGUAAGUCUAGUGAUACUAAUGAAAAAAAAAAAAUGACAAAUUGUGUAUCCGUAUGAACCGCAUACAUUACCGUGUACUUCUUUUUAGAAGUACUUACUUUCUUUUA